CACGUCCAGCUGGUGGGAGGUGGAGCUUCCAUUGAGCAUGGCGGGCGAGCUGGAGGGCUCCAAAGCCCUGGGCGGGCUGCUCAACGGCCUGGCCCAGGACGCUUUCCACGGGCACCAGGGCAUUACUGAGGAGUUGUUGCGAAGCCAGCUCUAUCCCGAGGUUCCGUCCGAGGAGUUUCGUCCCUUUCUGGUGAAGAUGAAGGGGAUUCUUAAGGUACUGCUUUUGCCUGCGCCUGCAGCCCGCACACCCUUCUGCUCAGCAAAUGAGUCUAUUGCAUCUGCGGACAUGGAUUUCAACCAGCUGGAGGCAUUCUUGACUGCUCAAACCAAAAAGCAGGGUGGAAUCACAUCUGAUCAAGCUGCUGUCAUUUCCAAGUUCUGGAAGAGCCACAAGACAAAAAUCCGAGAGAGCCUUAUGAAACAGAGCCGAUGGGACAGUGGACUUCGGGGCCUGAGCUGGAGAAUUGAUGGCAAAUCACAAUCAAGGCAUUCAGCUCAAAUACACACCCCUGUUGCUAUAAUGGAGCUGGAAUUAGGAAAGAAUGGACAGGAAUCUGAAUUUCUGUGUUUGGAAUUUGAUGAGGUCAAGAUCAGCCAAGUACUAAAGAAGCUGUCUGAAAUAGAAGAAAGUAUCAGUACACUGAUGCAGCCAACCUAGCUAAAUGUGGAAUUCUUGAUGUCAAAGUGUUCAUGACUUCUCCCAACUGAUCUGUUUUUUUUAAGUGUAUUUUCCAAUGAAUAUUAAAUCUAAUCCUCAUAUUCAAGUCUCA